AUGCAGGAAGAUAUAGUGCUUUGCAAGAUUUACAGAAAAGCAACCUCUUUGAAAGUUUUGGAGGAAAGGGCAGCCAUGGAAGAAAAAUCAAGGACAACCCAUCCGACGCCACCGUCUCCUCCAUCACAGGGAAACUUUUCUAGCACCAACCCACAAGAAAGCUUUGUGGCACUCACAGUGCCCCUAGAGGAGGACAUUGUUUUCAAGACAGAAGAAGAACAAGAGCACGAGAGCAAAGUUUCCUUACCUUCAUUAAUUGGAUUUGGGUCCAUGAAAGACAACUUAACAGAGCUUGAAGUGCCCAAGUUCAACAUGGAGUUCAUGACAGUGGAUCAUCCAUUGUGGAGCCAAUUGAGAAGCCCAUGGCUAGACAAUUGGAGCACCUAUGCCAAUGCGCUCAACUUUUGA